AUGAACCGGAUAAGAUGGUCCAAUGGGUCGAGAGAGAGAGACGCUUUCAAAGUCAGCAAAAAGGAGGAGGAGAACGAUCAACUUAGUGCCUCAAGGUAUAAUAAGAAUUUCAAGAGUGACUCAAAACAAUUAAUAGAAAGACCAGAUUGUGGACCAUAUUCUGCUCUUCACUCCGAUAAAUUUAUGGAAUUCGAAACUGUUUUUUGGACGCAUGCGAGUCAAGAGCAGAACCUACAUUCCACCAGAAAUAAGUUAAACGAAAGAUACACAAAUACCGCUUCUGACAGUAAUUCUGAUGUCAUGAAUUCAACUUACAUGAUUGAAUUCGACAAUGACCAAGCUUCUGAUAUACAGGAAGAAAUCAUGCAUGAUCAAGAUGCAGUAGAUAUAAGAGAAUGUAAUGUUUUUGCUACUCAGAACAAACUGCAGACUCAUAUCAAGAAUUACAGACUUCUCGAAUCCAAACCGGAAAAUAAAUUCACAUGCGAAAAAUGUGGGCGAAGCUAUACCCAGGAAGGAAAUUUAAAUCGUCACAAAAAAUUGGAAUGCGACGUCAUGCCACAAUUCAAAUGCAACUUCUGCUACAAGCGAUUCAAACGAAAUACACACCUUCGGCGCCAUAUCAUUCAAGUGCAUCAAAAAACAAACAAGCAAACCAAAUAUUAUUUUGCGCCAUCUUAAGUAGAAGUGCGAAUGGGAAAUGUGUGCUUGAAUCUAUCAAUAUAACAUUUUGUCUAAUCAUACCAAAUUUGAAUUAUGCGCCAGACCACCGUUUGAAUGUCAAUUCUGCAAUGAACGAUUUAAACAUAAAAGAUACAUUAUUUACCAUAUUGAUCGCGCUCAUCAUAAAGCCAACUCAAAGUUGGAUCACGUUGAGUUAUGUAAUUUAAUUAAUUAUAAUCGUUUACAACAUGUAGCAGUUAAAAUGCAAUAAACUUGCGAUAUUUUGGUCGCAGAAAUAAACUGAAAGAUUAUAUUCAAACACACAUUAAUGCAAAAAAUCUCAAGAAAUAGUUAUUAAUUUUCAAUAAACUUUAAUCUUUAGAAGAUUAACCAAUCUACGUGAAAAAUUUGUAAUACCUUUUAUUGA